AUGGACUUGAUAACUCAGUGUCACAAAAGAGAGCGCCAUGUUUGGGAUAUAGGUUAAUCCAAAUAAAGCAAUUUAAAUGGCAAUUUGCAAGAAAAGUGACAAAGACUCUCCGCUGUAUGAACCAGAGUUCAUCACUUUCAGCCUCGAUCAUGUCAAAGGACUCCGCAGAUUUGCUUGUCUUAACGAGAAACACAUCUGGACUUGUGAUAUGGAAGUAGAUGUCAUGAAACUUUACGAUACACAGGGUUCACUACAGUGUUCAGUCCAAACUGAGACAGGGACCUCGCCGUAUGAUAUAGCAGUAGCAGGUAGCGGAGAGCUAGUUUAUACUGAUGUUAAUCGCAAAACUGUGUAUAUGAUGAAAAAUUCACAAAUAGAGGAAAUUAUAAGAUUGAAUCAGUGGACACCAUUAAAUGUCUGCAUUACCUCAUCUGGAGAUCUUCUGGUUACCAUGAGUAGUGCAAACUUUAAGGAAUUCAAAGUCAGCCGAUACCGGGGAAAUACCGAUAUUCAGUCUAUUCAGUUUGAUGAAGAGGAUAGACCUCUUUAUUCGUCCGGUUACCUAAAAUACAUAUGUGAAAAUAAGAACCAGGACGUAUGUGUGGCCGAUUGCAGAGAACAUGCCGUAGUUGUUGUCAAUGAGGCAGGAAAACUCCGUUUCAGGUACACUGGGAAUAACGCUGCAUCGAAAGGAGCGUUUGAUCCUUACGGAAUAGCUACAGAUAGUCAGGGUGAUAUCCUUACAGCAGAUUGUAACAGCCACUGCAUCCAUAUUCUGGACCAGGAUGGACAAUUCCUGCGUUAUAUUGAUAACUGUGAACUACGAACCCCACGUGAACUGUGUGUGGACCCCAAAGACAAUCUCUUUGUGACGGAGUACUACACGGGAGACGUAACUAAUGUACUAAAGAAGAUAAAAUAUAAACCAUAGACAACUGAAAAGGGGAAAGUUUAAACAUUUUAAAACUUAAGCAUCUAAUUGAUUACCAUCCUCGAUCAGUUAAAAAUAAAUAGACUAUAGACAGAAGAGAUUGAAAAUUAUGUGAAAAUGUGAAAAUAAAGAGAUAAAGAAAGAGAAAGUAGAAACAAGGAUAUCAACAGUCUCUAUGUGCGAACAAUUGCUAAAACGAGGCAAGCUAUUGAAAUUAGUUGAUGAUACAAGCUUAAGGGUAUCAAAAGUCUCGUUUAAAGCCAACAUUUUGCAAAUUCUAUGGUCGAUACAAUGACCUUAUUAGCAAACAUAAUCUAUCGUUCAGUCGAAUGUUCGCUGAUUUUUUCAUAGAAAGUGUUAAGCCAUUAUUUUCAAACUUAAUUAUCAACAUUUUUUUUUUCCUGUUUACCCGAUCAUGAGAAGGAGCACACGGCGGGUUUGACCGGUCACAGGGGAUGCUCACUCCUCCAUGGCACCUGAUCCCACCUCUGAUGUUUGGAGGUCCUUGUUUGUUUUGCUCCUAGUCUGUAUUGUUUCAAUGGAUCUUUAAACUUGAUUACUGUUCGUUUUCUUCAAAUUUAAUAAAAGGAGGUAUCAUUAAACAAC